UAAAUGAACUUUGUUGAUGGUACGGAUCCAGUGAGCCCUGUCUACCUCAAACUUCCUUCAAAAAAUCUGGUUCAAACUGACAUUUUGUUCCACUUUGGACCACCCCUUGACGUUGAUUUAGAGUCUGCUGGUCAUACUUCAACUUUACCCAUCGUUAAUCUUGUCUGUCUUUUAUAACAUCGUAGAGAAGUCGGGCAAAGAUGUCUGUCACACUUCAUACUGAUGUCGGUGACAUGAAGAUAGAAUUAUUUUGCGAGGCAUGCCCAAAAGCUUGUGAGAACUUUCUUGCCCUAUGUGCCAGUGACUACUACAAUGGAUGCCUCUUUCACCGAAAUAUUAAAGGUUUCAUCGUCCAGACUGGAGAUCCUACACACACGGGGAAAGGUGGCAAUUCUAUUUGGGGGAGAAAAUUUGAAGAUGAGUUUAAGGACAAUCUAAAGCAUAGUGUACGUGGGAUGGUAUCAAUGGCUAAUAAUGGUCCAAACACCAACUCCAGCCAAUUUUUCAUCACGUAUGGUGCACAGCCACACCUUGACCUCAAGUAUACCCUGUUUGGAAAGGUUAUUGAUGGGUUUGAGGCCUUAGAAGAACUGGAAAAGCUACCAGUAAACCAAAAAAAUUAUAAACCCCUCACAGAGACAAGACUUCAAUCUGUCACAGUACACGCUAAUCCAUUAGCAGGCUAAUUUUGUGCGUUGAGAAAAGACUUGUGUUGUGUAUCUAAAAUUAUUGUGACAGGAUAAAAAAAAAGUUCUUAGAGGCUAAGGCAAACAAAUUUUCAUAAAAAUAUUUUUAUUACUUUUCUUGCAUAUGAGUGUGUAUACUACACCUUCAUAGAAAAAUACAGAAUGUACAAAAUAGA